AUGUCAUUCUCCGGGUUUAAAUCGAUUCCUGUACGAACAAUUCCGUGCCUUCCAGACAUCAACGAGUGCUCAGCUGCGCAGUGCGACUUGGCUUCAACGGAAUGCAAGAACAUGCCAGGAGCAUUCCAUUGCCAGUGCAAGGAAGGCUUUAGACCGAAUCUGGACUGUCGCCCGGUUGGUGACCUGGGCUUGAGCACCGGCGCAAUCCCCGACGACGCCAUCAAGGUGUCGAGCGAGGAAGAAGGUUACGAGAAGAGGAUGGUGCGCCUCAACAGCGAGCUGGGUUGGUGCGGCGGGAUAUCGACGCAGAAUUCCAACUGGGUCAUCGUCGACAUGCGAGCCCCGACGAUUUUGAAGGGCUUCCGGACCCGACCCGUUAACCGCCUCGACGGGUCCAUCGCAUACGCGUCUGUCCUCCGACUUCAGUACACCGAUGACUUGACCGAUAUUUUCCGCGAGUACCGGGCGCCGAACGGGGCCCCAGUCGAGUUCCGCAUCCUCGCCAGCAACGGGCCUUCGGUCGUCAACUUGCCAAUUUCCGUCGAAGCGCGUUACUUCCGGCUCACGCUCCAGGACUAUGUCACUGCUCCUUGUCUUCGCCUGGAAUUGAAUGGUUGCUCACGUCAAGACUGCAGCGACGUCAACGAAUGCGCCAAAAGUAACGGCGGUUGCGAUCAGCGAUGCGUUAACUCCCCUGGAUCGUUCAAUUGCCAGUGCAGCGUCGGAUUUGAUUUGUACUCUGGAAACGGAACCGCGGGCUUCAUCAUUGAAGACAGCGAAAGUGGACUUCGAGACGGCGACAUUUACCGUAUCAACAAAACUUGCGUGCCUAAAAUGUGCCCGGCGUUGGUUGCUCCCGAGCACGGCAUCAUGCUUUCAGUGCAGAAAAUGUUCCACUUUGAGGACCGUGUGUCUUUCCAAUGUGACUUCGGUUACGUCAUGAACGGAAGCCCGACGCUGCAAUGUACGGCUGGCGGAACCUGGAAUGGAACUGUCCCUACUUGCGAAUUUGCGAAAUGUGCUGCGUUGCAAGACGACCCGGCGGGUGGAUUGACGGUGACAUUACCGGAUAUAGAUGGGGAUAUGGUGCCUUUUAACGAAAAUGUCACCAUCCAAUGCAGCGAAAUGGGCAAACCCAUGAGGAAAACGGCCACGUCUGUUUUCCGUCAGUGCGUUUAUGACCCGAAGCCCGGAUUUCCCUUUGAUUACUGGCUCAGCGGUGCUCCACCAGGCUGUCCGAGGAUCAACUGCGGAAUCCCACCUGAAACCCCGGGUGCCAACUACGGAGUUUACAUUGACACGAGAUACAUGUCUUCGUUUUUCUUCGGCUGCGAAGACACUUUCAGUCUCGCCGGCCAGUCAAGUUUGAAUGACAACCUUGUCAGAUGCCAAGAGGAUGGCACGUGGGACUUCGGUGACCUGCGCUGCGAGGGCCCGGUAUGCGAGGACCCCGGCAGGCCGCCAGAUGGCUCGCAGAUCUCCACGUCCUACGAGCAAGGCGCUGAGGUGUCUUUCACUUGCGAUCGCCCAGGCUACAUUCCGAUCGCUCCUGAGCCGAUCAAAUGCCUUCGGAAUCCGGAAUGCCGGUCUAUCAAGCCGAUCGGUAUCACAUCCGGCAAGAUUCCUGAUUCUGCUAUCAACGCCACGACGCAACGCUCCAAUUAUGAGGCCAAGAACGUGCGACUCAACUCUGCCACUGGCUGGUGUGCUCAGCACGAGGCAUUCACUUACGUUUCCGUUGACCUCGGCUCAGUUCAUCGAGCGAUACUCGUCAAGGGAGUUGUCACGAACGAUGUUGUUGGGCGUCCGACGGAAAUCAGGUUUUUCUACAAACGCAAGGAAGAUGAAAACUACGUCGUGUAUUUCCCGAAUUUCAAUUUGACGGCUCGAGAUCCUGGCAAUUACGGAGAACUGGCAAUGAUCACCUUGCCUAUGUCUGUCCAAGCUCGUUUUGUGAUCCUCGGGAUUGUGAGCUACGACAAGAACCCUUGCCUGAAGUUUGAAUUGAUGGGCUGCUCUGAUGAACCUGAGGAUCAAAGGCUGCUUGGUUACAAUAUGGGUUAUCCUGCUUGUGUUGACAACGAGCCGCCGCUGUUCUUGCAUUGCCCGACGAGCCCGAUCCAAGUAACCCGAGGGCCCAACGGCCUGGAGCCAGUGAAUUUCACCGAACCCUACGCCACCGACAAUUCCGGAUCCGUUGCCAGGACAGAAGUUCGUCCACGUGGCUUCAAACCGCCGGUCUUCGUUUUCCAAGACAUGAUGGUGGAAUACCUGGCAUACGAUUACGACGGCAACGUGGCGAUUUGUCAGAUCAACAUCACAGUGCCCGACGUGACGCCGCCGUCGUUGAGCUGCCCGCAGAGCUACGUGAUUGAGUUGGUUGAGCCACAGGAAAGCUAUCUGGUCAACUUCCGAGAUGUCAUCAAUCGGGUCAAUGUGUCCGAUGCUUCGAACGAAACCCUGCUCACGAUUGUUCCGGAAUCUGCGCGUAUUACUGUGGGUGCAUUUGAGAACGUCACUGUCGUGGCAACCGAUUCUGCUGGAAAUCAAGCCGUCUGCCAUUUCCAAGUUUCUGUGCAACCUACACCGUGCGUGGAAUGGGAGCUUAAGCCACCAGCAAAUGGACAAGUGAACUGUAUGCCGAAUGAUGAGGGCAAUGGCUUGGAUUGCUUGGUUUCUUGUGCUAAAGGCUACCGAUUUACCGAUGGAGAAAUCGUCAAGACUUACAAUUGCCAAAAUCGUGAUCCUUGGAAACCAAACCGCGUUGUUCCCGAUUGCGUCCCCGAAGAUACUGAACUUGCUCGCUAUGACGUCACGGCCAUUGUGACAUACAGAAGUAACGGUGUCGUGUCUGACGACUGCAUGCCGGCGUACACGUCACUUGUCGAGCAGUUUUAUGAAACGCUGUCAUCGAAGUUGUCCACCCGCUGCUCGGCCAUCAACGUGAACAUGAAUGUCACCUUCAUGGACGCCACGGCGUUCGUUGCUGAUGACAACGUGGUCACUAUUGAGUACGUGUUGAGGAUUGCGCCAGCGGUUCGUCAGCCUUUGCUGUACGACCUUUGCGGCUCCACUCUUGGACUCAUUUUCGAUCUCUCUGUACCGUCGACGUCUGAAGUUAUCGGACCGCUGUUGAACGUGUCAGCAGUUGGCAACACUUGCCCACCGCUUCGUGCCAUGACCUCGUCGGUCACGAGAGGUUUCUCCUGCGCGAAGGGCGACGUUUUGACCAAGGUUGACGAUGUGUAUUGUCCGGCCGGAUCACACGCUUCGGAUACUUCGUGCAAGUUGUGUCCUCGAGGAACUUACCAGCCGUCGUUGAGACAAUCACAGUGCCAACGUUGUCCCAUGGGAACUUACACGAGAGAAGAGGGAAGCAAGUCGCUGCUUGAUUGUAUCCCAGUGUGCGGUUUCGGCACGUACAGUCCGUCCGGCUUGGUUCCGUGUUUGGAAUGCCCGAGAAAUUCUUACACGGGCGAACCACCUUCUGAUGGGUUCAAGGAAUGCCAGCUUUGUCCGCCGAAAACAUUCACGUACCAGCCUGCUGCACCAGGACAAUCCUUCUGUCGAUCCAAAUGUCGCCCGGGAACCUACUCCGAGACUGGUCUGGAACCGUGUGCCUCGUGUCCGAGAAACUUCUUCCAGUUCUCUGAAGGAAUGACGUCGUGCUUCGAGUGCGCCUCAAACGAGAUGACGCCCGAAGUUGGGUCGCAGGAUCGUGCUGCUUGCUCGAAUGUAGAGUGUAAAUCGGACUUCUGUGAAAACGGCGGCCUCUGCAUUGCGCAGGGCCAUGAACCACGAUGCUACUGUCCAGCUGGCUUUUCCGGAAAGCAUUGCGAAGUCGACAUGGACGAUUGUGCCUCUGAGCCGUGCUACAAUGGUGGAUCUUGCACGGAUUUGCCCCAGGGCUACAAAUGCACCUGUCCUGAUGGUAUAUACCAGCUCAUUAUGUUAAAUUCCCUUGAUGUGCUGCCUUUAUCGAAAUUCACUUUUUCGAAAGUGCAAAUAGUUAGUGGAUUUAAUGGUGCGAUUCCACCGGCCAUGCCCCACAAUAAGUCACAGCUUUUAUCCGUCCUCGAUAGAUAUUCCGGCUUGCAGUGCCAAGAAGAAAAAAGCGAUUGCUCGAGAAAUGGAACAUGUCCAGAAAGAGCCAUGUGUAGAAACUUGCCUGGCGUUGGAAACUUCGAUUGCCUGUGCCGUGCUGGUUAUACGGGCCCCGAUUGCAACGUCACAGUGAAUCCUUGCACUCCUGAAUCUGGAGAACCGCCGUGUGACAACUCUGCUCGUUGUGUGCCUUUGGAACAAGGUCGAUUCAAGUGCAUGUGCCCUCCUGGAUGGGAAGGUCCAACUUGCAGUAAAAAUAUCGAUGACUGCGCUGAGAUCCCUUGUCUCUUGGGAGCCAAUUGCACUGAUUUGGUCAACGACUUCAGGUGUGAUUGUCCCGCUGGUUUCAGUGGAAAAAGAUGCGAAAGGAAAGUAGACCUUUGUGUUGCUUCGCCGUGCUCGAACGGAAAGUGCGUCGAUGUUCUGUUCGAUUACUCUUGCGUUUGUGAACCUGGAUGGACUGGAAAGAAUUGCGACGAAAACAUCGACGACUGCGAGUCUUCGCCGUGCGAAAAUAACAGCGACUGCAUUGAUGAAGUUAACGGUUUCAAAUGCGUCUGUGACAACGGCUACACGGGCUCGAGGUGCCAGCACAUGAUUGACGACUGCUCAGACGAUCCGUGCCAAAACGGCGCCACCUGCGUUGACGAAAUCGACGGCUUUACGUGCCAGUGCCGACCCGGAUACGUCGGGCUGCAAUGCGAAGCAGAAAUUGACGAAUGCCAAUCGAAUCCCUGCAAUCCAGUCGGCACGGAAGAGUGUAUGGACAUGGACAACAUGUUCAAAUGCAAGUGCCGAGCCGGAUUCGUUGGCCAACUCUGCGAAACCAAUGUGGACGAGUGCGCCUCGAACCCGUGCCUGAAUGGAGGUUCGUGUACGGAUUCCAUCGACCGAUUUGUUUGCAAUUGUCCGCCGGGCUGGUCGGGUGAUCGCUGCGAGGAUGAUAUUGGCGGCUGCACUGCUGAGCCUUGCUUGAACAAUGCAGAGUGCGUCGACCUAUUCCAGGACUACUUCUGCGUCUGUCCGUCCGGAACUGAUGGCAAGAAAUGCGAAGUAACGCCGAUGCGCUGCAUUGGAUCGCCUUGCAUGAACGGUGGUUUCUGCCGCGACUUUGGUUCUGGCCUGAACUGCUCGUGCCCAACCGACUACAGUGGCAUCGGGUGCCAGUAUGAAUUCGACGCCUGUAAAGAAAACAUUUGCCAGAACGGCGCCACUUGCAUGGACAAUGGUAUGGGCUACGAGUGCAAAUGCGCUCCGGGCUACACUGGAGUCAACUGCGAAGAAGACAUUCCGGACUGCACACCCGCCAGCUGUCCCCCUGCAGCGGUUUGCAUCGACUUGGUGAACGACUUUUACUGCAAAUGUCCGUUCAACUUGACUGGCGAGGAUUGCAGGAAAACUAUCAACUAUGACUAUGACCUGUACUUGAAUGACGAGAGUCGAAGCAGUUCUGCAUCGCUCGCUGUGCCGUUCUCGCUUGGUCCGAUUUCGUCGAUGACCAUUGCCAUGUGGGUCCAGUUCACCGUUUCGGACGAAGAGGGAACGUUCUUCACGCUCUAUUCCGUCGGGUAA